AUGAAAGCGAUCAUUGAGGUUAUAGCACUUUUUCUGGGUUUUGUAGGUUGGAUUUUGAUUUUUGUAUCACUAGAGAAUCAAUAUUGGAAAGAAUCCAGCGAUGAUGGGAAUGUAAUUCUAACUUCCACAAUCUAUGAAAACCUCUGGAUGUCUUGUGCAAGUGAUUCCACAGGGACAUUUGAUUGUCGUUACUUUCCAUCCCUUUUUGCUCUUCCAGGGUAUAUUCAAGCCUCCCGAGCACUGAUGAUUAUUUCCAUUGUGUUUGGGAGUUUUGGGCUCAUGGCGACUCUUGUUGGGAUGCAGUGCUCUAAAAUAUGCGGAGAAAACUACAGUCUGAAGGGGAAGAUUGCAGCAGUUGGAGGAGUGUUUUUUUUACUUCAAGGGAUUUGCACCAUGAUUACAGUUUCUUGGUAUGCUGCCAACAUCACACGGGAAUUCUUUGACCAGAUUUAUGCAGGAAUAAAGUAUGAGAUUGGGCAAGGCCUGUACAUUGGCUGGUCCUCAGCAGUGCUUGCCAUCUGUGGAGGCUUGUGCCUGUUGUGUGCUUCGAGAUUCAAGUCACCCAAUAAAAAAAUCUCAUAUUCGCACCAGCCCAACUCCAGAGGACAUGAGCUGUCCACUGUGGCAACAUCUCACCCUGCAUCGAGCAAGUAUGAAAAAAAUGCAUAUGUCUGA